AUGAUUUUUUUUAUUCUAUUUUUUUCUCUACAAUUUCAUUUCUUAUUUUCAUCAUGUAUACCUUCAUUUAAACAAUGUGGAUGUUCAUAUCAACAACCUAUUUUUUCUAAUUUAAGAAUUAUUGGAGGUUAUACAGCUCGAGAACAUUCUUGGCCAUGGAUUGUUAGUAUACGUCAAACAUAUUUUCAUAUACCAUUAAUAGAUCCUGAUAGUGCAUUUUGUAGUGGAACUUUAAUAAAUGAUGAAUAUGUUUUAACAGCUGCACAUUGUUUUUAUGAUAAAAAUCGUUUAUUUCUAUCAGAUUAUUUUGUUGUUAUUGGUUCUCAUUAUAUCAAUGAAACAAAUCCAAUUCGUAUUAAUAUUCAAUCGAUUAUAUUACAUGAAGAAUAUGAUAAUGAAUUCUUUUUAAAUGAUAUUGCAUUAUUAAAACUUUCACAUAAAAUUGAUUUAAAUAAUUCAAAACUUGGAUUUAUUUGUUUACCACCCAAUAAUAUAUCAGUAUAUCCAUAUGAACAAAUGAGUGGUAUUGCAAUUGGUUGGGGAAAUUUAAAAGAAAAUGGUUCACUAUCAUAUACACUUCAACAAGUUCAAUUACCAAUUAUUUCAAAUAGAAAUGAAUAUUGUGAUCAACAAAUAAGUGAUGAACAUAUUCAAUUUUGUGCAGGAUUUAUUCAAGGUGAAAAAGAUACAUGUCAAGGAGAUAGUGGAGGACCAUUAAUGAUUUUUGAUAAGAAUACAAGUACAUGGCAUAUUGCUGGAAUAACAUCAUAUGGCUUGGGAUGUGGUCGACCUAAACAUCCAGGUGUUUAUACACGAGUGAAUAUGUUUAUUGAUUGGAUUAAUGAUAAGAUAGAUUCUUCAUCUCAAUCAUUGAUAAUUCAAAUACCAAUUCAAAUUUUAUCAUUAUUAUUUUGUAUAAUUCUAUAUUUAGAAUAA